ACAUUGAAAUGUUUGAUAAAUCGGCUGGUUUUUAAUUAAGCAAUUCAGAUUCACAACAUGUAAACAAAAUGUUUGUUUGUUUUUUCUAAAAAGCGUGUUUUCGUUGACUCUAAAAUCUUUACUGUGUGUAAAACCUUGAGAAUUUGGUCCUGCUGAGUUCAGACUGCGGUUUUCGAUUUGUUUUGUCAGAGCAGAGAAAGCAAUAAAGUAAAACUUACAACACAGCUAGAUGUGGUGUGACAAGGAAAUGGCUCGAAAUGUAUAUUUUGGAAGGACAGGAAGAACAGGAAAUAUAGGUAAUAUAUCUGAAGUGAUUCUAAAAGUAACUUCAAACGCAAACACUCGGUUUUCUCUUAACUGAAUAUGGUAGGAAGUAGCGGAGGAAAUUAAACAAAGUGAGAAACAUUCAUGGGGCGCCAUGCAUGACUGCAAGCGAUUUCUGCAACUUCCGAUUUUUUUCUCGAUAAGGAAAAGAACGUGCAGUGUUAAAUAUUUUAAGGAAUCAUAACAAAAAGGCAAUUCUAUUUCAAAGUUUUGUAUUUUUGCCAUUUAAUUAAGAAGUAAAGUUCAGUCUCUCAAGCAAACGUUAAACACAUGCAACCCUGGUAAUAUGUAAUAAUUGUAGUGUGUUUUUGCACUGUAACGCUGAAAAUUUUUAUAUUCAUAUUUUGCAACAAAACUAAUCAGCUUUAUGAAAUAAAAUCAGUCUUUCGUACUUUGUUUCAUGGGUUCUGUGUGGUUUAUAAAAGACAACAUAAUAAUAAAUGGCAAUAUAAUACAAUUUAUAUUUAUUGUCACCGUUUUAAAAACUAAACUGGCUUACAGGGAAUAAUAUGAAAGUCCUGAAAUAGUCAAAUUUUUAUUUUUUUAUUUCUUUUUUAGAAAUUAAGAAGAUAAAUGACCUACGUUUUUUUUUUUUUUUUUUUUUUUUUUUUUUUUUUGUAUAGCUUGGUAAAAUUAUAGUGUGUGCACAUAUGGAUUGCCAUAGUCUUAUCUCCCAAUCCCGCCCCUUGAGGCAUGCCAACAGUUAUUCAGUCAUAAAUAGUAAGCUAGUACACCAAGUCUCAUGUGGCUUAUGAUCCGUUCUCGGAAUAGGCUGCUAACAAAUUAAAGAGUUCAACUGAUUAAAUACAACUGGUUGCUAACAAGACUGAAUCAAUAUAUCAGCUUCAAAGCAUUGUUACAAAUUGAUGCUGCUCGCUUACUCUUGGCCUUGUUACUUGGCCUGCUUACUCUUGGCCUUUGUUAUUAUUGCACGGCCUUGGUUCACACUUGAAACUGCCCACAGAUUAAGCAAGGGAGUUUAACUGUUUGGCUAUCAUCCAACUAACAUAUCCGUAGACUAAAGAGUCAAAUAAUACGUUCGUAUAUGCAUAUGCCACAUCUAAUCUGCUGCGAAUUUGGUCUCUGUUCAACGCACAAUUCGAUGUAAUUACGCAGAUAUAGCCUACGUUUAUUCUAUGAAGUUACAUAGUUGAUAUAAAAAAAUUGACAAUGUGUUGCCACUAUGAUACAAAGACAUAUAGUCUAAACUUAACCAUCAAACAGGAUUGUUUAAUAAAUUACCUUUAUCAAACGGCAUUGUCGCGUCUAUUUCGGAGACCAGAGGACAGCACACUUUGUUGCUAUAAUAAAACUAAACGGUUGACACAAAGAAAAGCAGUUUUAAAAAUAAAGGUUAUUUGUUGUUAUGAAAAUACUUUAAGCAUUCAUAAAAAUUUGUCAGUGCUCAAAAUAUUUUCUAUGACGCAAAAACGUAAAAAAAAACACAAAAAUGGUUAUUAAAAAAAUUAUCUUCAAGGAUUUUUGAGGAACAAAAAAUGGUUUGUCUAUUUUGAAACUUUGCUAUCUAAUCCAUAAAACAGAUUUGGUUGCUAAAGAACUUUUUGUCUUGAAUAAAAAUGUCGAUUACCAAUUUCUCAAUACUCUUUUCAUAUUUCAACGUAAACAAUGUUGAACACUCAUUUGAAUGACAUUUUAAUUAUAAUCCCAGCUGUUGGUUUUGUCCUCAUGAUACUUGAAUAAUUUUAGUAUUUGUUUGGUGAAACUACGGCUUCGGUGAACACACCGCCAUUGAUAACAGCAUUUAGGCUACCUAGUCUUGAACCGAAUAACAUAACAGCUUAUAAUAUAGCCUCUGGAAUAGCUAGCCGUAUUGUUUGUAUUGACGUACAACUGGAGACUAAGGAUAGUCUAUAAAACGUGAAAAGUCUUAUCAAAUAUAUUACAAGUCUAUUCGAAACUCAUGCUUGAAAUGUUAAUUGACUUAUACAGCAGCAUUUACAUGAAAUAAAUUCAACAAAACCGAAAUGACUGACUGGAGAUAGACAUUCACUUGACGCGACCGCAGGACUAAAGGCUGUUGCUGUUGCAAUGUAGGUUUGCAUGUAAACAUGCUAUACGAGCUGAUUAUCAUGAAUUAACAUUGCAUUUUAGACAUUGAUAUCAGUGUUAUAUAAUAUUUUACAUUAUACGUUUACUUUUGUUUUUGGGUUAGUGCUCUACAUUACCACAGCAUUAAGUCAUCUCACUUCAGAGAUUUACUUUUUGUUGACAGAAAAAAAGCGGUCAGAAAGCUAAUUCCAUUUAUACACUAAAGGCAUUCAUUACGUUAUUAUAAAUAGCCGCAACGCUCCAAAAUGUACCAAUUGCAAGUAUUACACAUGUACACACUCAAAUUUAGAUUGAAAUGUUAAGUACUGGAGGGAACAGCUAAAAGCAAUUAUGCUCUCGUCGCUUUGAAACUGCACAUUUCUAGCGCGUGCACCUUUGAGUGAACCACUCCUACGUUUGCAACCGUUCCAAAUUGAUAUAUGAGAAUAUCUACUUUCGAUCACGUGUCUAAGGACCAGUUAGUGGGAUAGCACGUCAUCUCGCCUUUCCAAAUUUCUCCUCUACUGUUCGAAUCCAAGGCAUCUAUUUUGGUCUUGCGGAGGACUGAAGGGAAUAAUGUUCAACUCUGUCAAUAUAGGCAACUUCUGCUCCCAGUCUCGUAAAGAAAGGACUUCCGAGUUCGGUGAGCGGGCGAGCUGCGCCUCAAAUCUGUACCUCCCCAGCACCUAUUAUGUCCCAGAAUUUUCUACAGUCUCUUCGUUUUUACCACAGGCCCAGUCACGGCAAAUAACUUAUUCCUAUUCCACUAACUUCACGCAAGUACCGCAAGUGAGGGAUUUGCCAUUCGAGUUGAAUCCGUCGGGAAAGUGGCACCACAGGGGGAACUAUUCAUCUUGUUAUGCGGAGGAGGACUUAGUGCACAGAGAUUGCCUUCCGCCGUCAGCCACCAUGACGGAAAUGUUGAUGAAAAACGAAAAUGUCUACAAUCACCACCACUACCACCCGGCUAUUAACCAUCCCGGCACUGGCUUUUACUCGAGCAUCGGAAAGACCAACGUUCUUCCGCAGAGUUUUGAUCGUUUUUUAGACUGUGCCCAGAGCGGAGCAGAUGGUGGAUCUGAAGGUAACUGUUUGCAGAAAGGCAGCUCUGGAAAGCCGGAGUCGGCGUCUCAAGUGUCUUCAGUUCUCCGCAGUACUGCAGAUGGGGAGAAAGAGCUUGAGUGUGAGAAAAACACUACCUCGGGUUCUUUUGAAACCUCGUCGGGAACAAAAAACGACAACCAAACCAAAUCCGGUCACUCUACUACUCCGCGAAUGAGGAAGAAGCGAUGUCCAUACACCAAGUUUCAGAUCCGAGAACUCGAGCGAGAAUUCUUCUUUAACGUUUACAUCAACAAGGAGAAACGGCUUCAGCUCUCCAGAAUAUUAAACCUUACUGACCGACAGGUCAAAAUUUGGUUUCAGAACAGACGAAUGAAGGAAAAGAAGUUAAGCCGAGAUCGCCUACACUAUUUCUCUGGAAACCCGCUGAUGUGAACUGUGAACAUUUCUCCGAGGGACAAGAAAUGAAAAUAUUCUUCAACGAGCCAAAAAGAGCGCACACCUUUAAUCUGUACUGGCUACCGGGUGUGGCUUACCUUCUGGACGGCUUCGUGUUCUGCUCCAGCCCGCGGUCGGUGAGCGAGCGACGACUCAUAGUUCCUCCGAUUUUAGGACGAUUUUCUUGCUGGUGGAAAGAAAACACUUUAUACGGAAAGCCGAAGCAGAGACAAUAUUCACUUUUUAACCUGUAAAAUCUCUUCCUAGAGCAUUUAAAAGCAGACAAUAUGCCUAUUCCAUAUGCAACUUAUAUACCCUCACCCAUCCACCCACACCCUUGUUCUAUACCUUGAUUUGUUAUGGACGUUGUUAAAAGUUUGUGUUGCUCCUGCGUUAUUACCAUCUUUAAAUGAAUCGCUUGCUGUAUUACUCGAUUGUCGCUUAGGCCAAAAAAAACGUAAAUACGUACACGUAAAUAUGGAAUGUUUCAUUCUAAAAUAUGCGGUUUAAAAAAUAAAUAACAUAAAGCUUGUA